GUGAAGUCAGUCCUCCAGCGCUACUCAGUCUGUUCGGAGAGAGCGACGAGAAAAGGAACCGGCGAGUAAUAGAACAGAAAAAGAACGUGAUGUGUUGUUGAAGUGAAAUUUCCCGCGUCCUGUUUCAAAUGCCAGACGACUCUCGGUGGCCACCUGUUGGACCCUGCGAUCGAAAAAGGCGGUAUUAAAUAGAGCUUUAUUUAUUAGGAUUCUUUUCAACAUCGGAGAAGGCAUGUUCUCCUUGUGGACCACAUUUUGCUGUUGCCUGCUCUGCUGGACGCUUCUGUUAGUGGUCCCAUGCCAGGGGUCCUGCGACUGGCCUCCGCAGUACAACGAUCUACAAGUCCCUUGCGUUUGUGGCACUGGGGGCAACUUGAGGCUGACUGUACAAUGUAGUUCCGUGCAGCUUUCUCAUCUGGUGGAGGCCCUACAAUCGAAACCGCCGCUGGACUUGCUAGCUGUGAUCAACGGAUCUAUAACAACUUUAGAGGAUGGAUCCUUUUCUGGACUUGACGUUCGGGGGAUACAGUUGUCUAAUGUGGGCUUGAAGGUAGUAUCUGAGAAUGCAUUUCAAGGUUUAGAGAGGACUCUUAGUAGUUUGAACUUGGAGCUAAAUGAAUUGACAGAAGUGCCAUCACAAUCGCUUAAGAAACUGAGCAAUCUUAAAGAGCUGGACUUGUCGAGGAAUAGAAUUACUGAUGUGCCCGACAAUUCUUUCAAUGGAUUACCUCUGACUACACUGAAACUAGCGGAUAAUCUUUUGAAGAUCAGCGAUGCCGCCUUUAAAGGCUUGGAGACGACCCUUCACAACCUGAACCUGAAGAGCACGGGUCAGACGCAACUGCCCACCGCCGUCAAGCCACUCCACGAACUCUCCUUUUUGGACCUGUCCCAGAACAAGUUCUCCGAACUGCUUCCGGAUGACUUCGGAAACCUUCGGCAGCUGACGGCCUUGACCCUGGAGAGGAACAUGGUCAGUUCCGUCGAUCCGAAGGCUUUCAGUGGUCUCAACGGAACUCUUAGUUCUCUCUCACUGCUCAAUAACAAGAUCGAAGAGUUCCCCACGCAGGCCAUUAAGGCCCUCACGCAACUGAGGGUUUUGGAUAUGGGUUUCAAUCGAAUGAAGUCUGUUCCAGAUGAUGCUUUCCUUGGAAAUCCGCUCUUGACGUUACUCGCUUUAGAUGGUAAUCCAUUAAGUACACUGUCAGAAGUGGCCUUCUCUCAUCUCAACUCAACUCUUCGAGGUCUUAGCGUUGGAGGAAGCACCCUUGUGUGCGAUUGCAAAAUCCGCUGGAUCGUAGAAUGGGUAAAGAAGUACGAUUUACAAGUCACGAGCCGUGAAAGGAACCCUCAAUUUUGUGGCAGACCUACCCAGUACCGACGACGAGUUCUUCCACAAAUGUCACCUACAGAGUUGAAAUGCGAUGACGAAGCACUAAGUAGCAGUACAGCCAUCCUCGCUUCUACAUCCACUCAAAGUGUCCAAACACAGCUCCCACCUCAAAGACCAACUGUUGCUGCAAGUGGUCGAGAUCUCAGGGCUCCAAGAACAUCAUCUCUCGACCAGCUUCAUCUCACAGAGGUCAUCAGAAGAGGUACAGAACUCACUGUGAAAUGGGAAGGUUUCAGAGAAGACAAUCUGGUCCGUGCUCGGUCAGCAGCUCCUGUCCAUGCUAUGUUUCGAAUUUUUGGAGAACCUCACUUUCAAUUAGGGCAGACUGCAAAUCCCAACACCGGGUGGGCCCAGUUUCAAGUCCCAGAAGGCAGAGCCCUUGUUGUCUGCGUUGUAGAUACUGCCCAGGCUGCCACUCUGUCAGCAACUGCAGUGCCUCGAAAUCAGUGCAACGAAGUAGUUGCUGAAAAGGUAUCUGACUCGCAGCUCAAUAAAAUCAUCAUUGGUUCAUCAGCAGCAGUUUGUGGUAUGAUCAUCAUUGCCGUCAUCAUCUUCGUGUGCUGCUCUAGACGCUCCGGUAAGAAGCAAACAAUGCCCCGCCCUGUCAUGAAGUCUGAACACGAGUGGGAAACCGCUUCAGUUUACAGUGGCAGAAGUAUACCCAGAGCUAGAGCAUACCAUGGGUCAGUAAAUCCUUCCUAUCUCCACGAUCCAAGAACACCAGAUGAUGUCCAAUCCUUUAGAUCAUUGCCACCAGCCAGAGCUCAUCGAGGAGGUCAUAUGAUGGGAAAUCGGGACAUCCAUAGUUCUCAAAUUGCGUUGUCUCAGUUAUCUGGCCAUCACUCUUUUCUGGGGACAUAUGGCGGUGAAAACCACCAUAACGGAUGGGGAUCUCACCAUUGGGACAAUACAGAUGCAUACUCAGACAGACACGCUCCUUCUAGAUUAUCUUAUGGAAAGGAUAAUUUUGGCUAAAUACAUCUUCAAGGCACAUAUUUGAGGCGAUCAGUGAAAUCAUAUUCUCGGAGGCAUUUUUGGUCUCAAGAGAAUUAGAAGACUCUAAGUCUAGAGUAUAUCUUGAAAAUCUACGAUCUCAGAUUUUCUACAAACUAUUGUUGAACUGUGUUCAUUUGAUUUCGAUUUGAACGAACUGUGUGAAUUUCGUACUUACAGUUUAAGGAAAAAAAAUCAUAGACUUUAGAAAUUUCGGUUUGUGGCAGCUAAGUUACUUGGCUAAAUUCAAAGAAUUUCUUCAUUAUCUUCAAGUGAAAUCAUAAUUCAAAGCCAGUGUCAUCUGUAGCAAAGUGAUUAUGCUUUAACAGCAUAAAUAAUAGAUAACAUAUUUAUGCGAUAUUAAUAAUAUGCGUUAGAUUGGUGUUUUAAGCAAUAUGUAUAAGAAGCAUAAAUCAGAAAUAUCCAAAUCGUAUUCGGCAAGUUUAGUUGUUUUUAUUCAUGCCGCAGAAUAUAAUGAUCAACUUUUUAUGAUAUAUUCUUUUUUAAACCAAUUGGCAUAGGAAAUCAAAAUCAAAAUAAAGACCGUCAUGAUAAAACAUAAAAUUUAAAACCAUAUGGCAUUAGAAAUUAAGAAUCUUAUGCAUGUUUUCCACCAGAUAAAAAUGAUGUAUAACAUCUUUUCCUCAAAAAAGUGCCAAGUUCAUUAUAUUAUUAGAUUUUUCUCAUUUUAGGAAUGAAAAAAAAAAGAAUUUUUAUCUAUUUUUUUAGAUAUUUUUUUACGAACAAUGCUAUCAAAUUUUUAAAUCAUGUUAGAUUUGUUCGUCAGAUAUUCUCAACGUCUCAUAGACGGCGGAUGCACUUUCGUUUUAUACUACGUUUUCUAAAUGAAAGAAGAAUUUUAUUUGUUUUUCAUAUACUCUUUAGUAUGAUGGAUAUAAUCUAUAUUGGCCAUGUCAUACCGUCAUGUCACAACUAUUCACAGAUAUAUGAUGACUCGCAUGUUAUAGAUGGUACACUGUUGUUCUGUCUUGCUUUUUAUAACUAAAAUUAUAUGCAAUUGCUUUUUUAUGAUAUUAUUUCUAAAAAAAUUAAAAGUAAUGUCAUGUGUUUUAUAUUUUAAAUUUAAUUGGGGGAAAAAAUACUAUUUAUUUAAAAAGAACGUGUUUUAUUUCUAGUAAAAUCCGUCUCAAAAAUAGAUUUCUUAAAAUGCUUUAUCAUUUGAUGAUCGAAAAAUAGAUUUAAAUAAGUAAAUAUCCUGGCUCUACGUCUACUAAAACAAGCAAUUUACAAAAUGAUUACUUUUUUGGAAAAAUUGUCUUAUGGUUUUAUGAUUUCAUUGAAAAAUCUAGUAAAUUUACAUAAGCUUUUUUUUCUUUGGUUAACAGACAGCUUUUUUUCUUUGCUUUUUUUUCUUUGGUUAACAGAUUCUUUUGUUAAAAAAAGCAAGAUUUUCAAAAAAAUCUAAAAGACUUAAUAAUUGACAGAAAUAUUAGAAAUUUCCGUCUGUGUCUAUAUGAAUAUAUUCUAUUGUUAUUUAAGGGAAAAAGUCUUUCUAUCCAAGAACUAUCAAAAAGCUAUUUUCAUUCAUAAAAAGUGUGAAUUUAUCAUAACGAACAUAUAUCAAAUGCAGCGUUCUUAUACUUUAAAAAUAUAGCUUACAAGAAAAUUUCCUCCCCCCCCCCCAACUUUUCUUCAGAAUGCAAAGAUGCAAUAUUCAUGCAAAACUUUUCUCUAUAAAAUGUUUCAUAACAUAUUAGAUAAUGGAUUUUAAUAAUCGUUGUAUUCUCUAGUGAUCAUGUAAAGUAAAAUGAGUUAACCCAAUAUCGAGGAGCUUUCAUCGCUUUUGACACCAUUUCACAAGACCAUAUUUUUUUCAUAAGAACUAUCUAAGUCAGUGUCUUUGUAAAGCUAUUCAAGGCUGACUCAGUACAUGAUUUCGAAAAUUUGUAAAUAGUUAUAAUGUUUUGGUAAAUGUUUGUAUGUUUACUUUUAUGUAUUUCUCUUAAUAAAAAUAUUAAUAUUUAUA